AUGGUGCUGCUGACGACCUCGGAUAACGAGCACUUUACCGUCGACCGCGACAUUGCGGAGCGGUCGGUGCUCAUCAAGCAGAUGAUUGAGGACAUUGGCGAGACGGACCAGCCGAUCCCGCUGCCGAACGUCUCGUCGAGCGUGCUCGCCAAGGUGCUCGAGUACUGCAGCCACCACCGCAACGACCUGCCCACGACCGGCGACGACGCGGACGAGAUGCGCCGCCGCGCGACAGACAUCUCGGAGUGGGACGCCAAGUUCAUCCAGGUCGACCAAGAGAUGCUCUUUGAAAUUAUCCUCGCGGCCAACUACCUGGACAUCAAGAGCCUGCUCGACGUGGGCUGCAAAACUGUGGCGAACAUGAUCAAGGGCAAGCAGCCGGAAGAGAUCCGCAAGCUGUUCAAUAUUCACAACGACUUUACGCCGGAGGAGGAGGCGCAGAUCCGCCGCGAAAACGAAUGGGCAGAGGACCGUUAG